CUGUAAUACCAUUGCCUCUUCAUUUGCUUCUUUCUCUGCGGCAGUUACUCCCUGUGUAUAUUAGCUCAGCUUUUCUUUCAUCGUCUGCGAUUUGAUUGCCUCUCCUCCGAUGGGGUUUUCUCCUGAUUUGGGUUUUAGAGAAUAGGCGGAUGGGUCACACCGGAGGUAGGCCAUGCUGUGCCUGGAGCAUACCAAGCAAACAAAGGAGCACAGUUAUAAACAUCAAUUUGAUUAUAAUUUGGUUUUCAUCUUGUGUUGGUGAAGGCGAUUGGAUUGUAGGUUUUUGGUUGUGACAAAGUCACCUGAUUGUGGAGAGGGCGCCAGAAUUGAUAGUGGAGAGGAAGAAGGGGAGUGGAAGGAGAUGAAUAAAAGCUGCCACUCAGAUUCAUUGAACUUUUCUCAUCAUCUGGUCUGUGACUAAUUUUAUUUGUUCGUGAUAAUACUCUUUUGAAUCUUCGAUAUAUGUUUAGUCAUGUAACCACAAGAGAUUGUUUAGUAGAUUUUACUUAAUCACGAAUUUGUAUAUAGUAAAUCAUUGAUUGACAUUUGGAAUUGGUGUUCUACGGUGAAGGGUGAUCUGGUGAAGAGUUUUACAAAACAUUAUAUUGAAAUAUGAAAUUGAUUAUUAUUUAGGAACAAAUUUUUUUAUUUUAAAGAAAAGCUUAAUAGAGAAGGGAACAUUUGAUUAUGAUGUUUUGAGCCAUUAUCAUAUUAUGGGUCCUUCCAUUUAUGUGUGCAAAGAGCAUCUGGCUGUUAUAAGCUUCAUCAACCCAUUCCCUUUUUAAUUUAGUGAAUAACGUUGGUCAAGCUUCUAGAAAGCACUCUACAGAAAUGCAUGGCUAUUUCUAUGAUCGCAUGUAACUUAUUUUAAGGUAAGACAAAUGCUCCUAAGUGAUAACAGGUCAUUUGUAGAGUCUAAAGUGAAGUUUUUAAUCAUCUUGUGCAGAUUGACCUUUCACUGGUUCUUAGUAAAUUGACCUCAUCUUUUUGUAUUUGUGAUCUCUAGCUUCACUUUUAAUGCCCUCCCCUCCCUCUCCAGUGAGUGCUAAAUCACUGUCUAUGCUGCAUGAAUUAUGGAUUUUUAAUUUGUCCAUUAUAUAUGACUACUUUUCUUUUUCGAAUUUACUGUGCACGUAGCUGGGGGACCUGAAACUAGGAGAGCUUUUGGAUACACCUCGGCCAGGUCUUGAUGAGGCUCUUGCAAUCUUAAAGUCAUGAACUUGAUUGGCCUCAAUUAACUUAUCUGUUAUGCAAUUUGUCGAUUCACAAGAAUAUAGCAAGUUCACGCGGAUUGUUUUUGAUACAACUCCAACAGGACAUACUCUGCGUCUUUUAACACUGCCCGACUUUCUGGAUGCUUCUUUUGGGAAGAUGAUGAAGAAUAAAGGGGAUUGGAAGAAAGUUGCAAUGAUACGUAAAGUGAUGCGAGAUAGAGGUGUAAAGAAGGAGAUAGGUUUUAGCUCAGCAGAUGUAGGCGACACUGAUGAUUCCUCGAGUUUACAUGGAUUUUUAUCUGAUGGCAAGACUCAUAAACAAUGGGAGAAGAUCUAUAAACUGGCAGAAAGCUUAGGAUCAGGAAUGAAACUAAUUUUGAAGGCUGGGGAAGAUGUUGCAUUGAAAAAAUGGGGUGGAUCGGAGAGCAAGUAGAUUCAGUCAAGUCUAUUCAAUUCAUAAAGUUUGCCACUCAGACCAUCUCUCUCGGCAUGAUUGUUACAUUGGCACUAAUUAUAUGGAAAGGAUUGAUGUGUGUAACUGGUGGCGAGUCACCUGUUGUGGUGCUUUCAGGAAGCAUGGAGCCUGGCUUUAAGAGAGGUGACAUUUUAUUCUUGCAUAUGAGCAAGGAUCCAAUUCGCGCUUGAGGAAAGUUUUGUGUUCAAUAUUGAUGGCGUGAAAUUUCUAUUGUCCACCGAGUUAUUAAGGUCAAUUGUGAUUCCACUAUUUUCAGUGAUGUUGGUGUCGACUGGAUUGCUCGAGAAACUUUUGUAAUCAUUUUUAUUAUCAAGAAUAUCUAUAUUCUAUCUGUUAAGCAAUCUGAAAACAAAGCGGCUAUUUGUUUAGCUCGAUUUUUGUUUCACAAUCAGGUUGUAGUUGUCAGUUUGGGGGUUUGUCCCGACUGUGUUCUUAUGUUUUAUGUUCAAUAAAAUCUUAUUGUUCGUCAAAAAAUACGUGUCGAGCACUGCGAAAAAAGUGUAAAGAAAUUAGAGGGAUAGGAGUAUUCUUCACCAUAUAUAUGAGCUUUACUUCUACUUAUUCAAAUUUAUUUUUAAAUUA